UACAAGAAAGUAAAAAGGGAAGUUGUUGGGAGACGUGACCAGUGUGAGGAACCAGCAGAGAGGUUCAUCUGCAAACUUGACCUCGUACUAGAACAGGACUCGCUCCCUCCCUCCACCGUCCUGACUCCCGUGAUCUGCAAGGGGACCAGGGAAUCCUGCCAGCAUGAGGUCGCAGCUGCUCCUCCUGCUCCUGCUUCUCCAGUCCCAGGAAGGCAAUGCAGUUUCACAAAGCACAUCCACGCCAGUGGUGGUGAACGGGGCUCUGGGGAAGUCGGUAAUCCUUCCCCUGGAGUUUCCCACAGGAGGGAAGGCCGAGAACAUCACAUCCAUCAUCGUGCUUCACAGUGGAAGAUCUAUUGCCUUCAUAAACCCGAGAGAAGCAGGACGUGCACACGUGACCGAUCCUAAAUGGAAAACACGACUGAACUUCAUUCAUCCUGACUCCGUGCAGCUCCACAACCUGACGAUGGCUGAUGCAGGACCUUACAGCGCCCAGAUGAGAACAGAGAACUCCUCACGGCUUUCCAGCUACACUCUGAGGAUUUUCAGGCAGCUGAGAAGACCUCAGGUUGAAGUGGAUUCUGUCAUCUCUGAGAACGGGUCCUGCAUUGCCACCCUGAGGUGUUCUGUGGAGGACGCAGACCAUGUCACAUAUCAGUGGACACCAAUGGGACCAUGGGCUGUCGUGUCCCAGGAAGGGUCUGUCCUUAGUGACACCUGGUGUCUUCAUGACCUGGAUCGGACAUACACCUGCAUGGCUCAGAAUCCUGUGAGCAGUCACAGCUCCACUCCCCUCCUUGUUGGGCAGCUUUGUACAGGUUCCAAGGCAGCUGAAGGCACCUACUGUCCAGUGAAAUGGAUUUUCCUGGGGAAAGGGCUUCUUCUCCUUGUGUUCCUAGGGGUUCUAGCAACUUGGCACAUCCAGACAUGGAUGCUCAGCAUGAAAAGAGACAAGUAAUGCCCCAGGAAAGACAGGUUGUGCACAGAUGAGAGUAUUCAUUUUGAGGGCUCAAUGAAAUGACCUGCACUCUUUUCAAAAUGUAGUACUAUGGACUGUCAAAGAACCCUUGGGGUGCUUGGGAGGGGCAGCCAGUGGCACGAUGGUUAAUGUGACUGGAUCCCAUAUGGCUGACUACACUGUUCAAGUCCUGGACUGAG